ACCAUCGUGGAGCAGCCAACCUCUAUGCUAUUCAACGAUAUUUGAAAACCAGCUGGGCUCACAUUUAAGCGAAGCAGCUUUAUCUUGGGAAGUUUAAAGAAUCGUGCUGCUUAAAUCAGCAUGUUCACAGCGUUGGAAUAGUAUUGUAGUAUCACUACUACUGACGAACCACAACAACAACAAAAAACUCAUUGUGCAUCUUUGUGAAGCCAGCAAAGUCUAUGACACACUAAGUGGUUCUUGGGAUUUUUAUUCCGGUUGACAAUUUUACUCUGUGAUUGUGACAUUACUUGGACAUUAUGUUGACCCCAUACGUCGAUAACUCUCCCCCUCAUCACCUACCCCCGGGUGCCUUAAAGCUGAGCCCGUCUCACCACGGAGUUGAGAAUGGCCUUCAACACCAGGUACCCCAGACCCCGGGGUACGGGCUACCACAGUCGCACGUUAGCAGUUACGCUGCCCGGGAUUUUCUUCUGAGGAGACCGGACAUUGGACUGUCCGAGGCCGGGACCACAGGACACCCCGGUAUGUUUGUUCCGUCCUCUGGAAGUUUCCAUUCCGCUCAUCAUCCGGACUCGAGUUCCAACCAUGUUCUGCCAGGUCUCCAUGAUGCUGCGGCACAUCACAACCCCGGUCACCAUGUCAACAGUGGUAUGCGUUUUGGGGCGACAGACAUGUACUCACGUGCGGACCAGUUUAAUCAUAUGUCCGGACCACGCGCGGACCAUUUUGGGACCACACAGCCUUUCAACGUGAAUCCCAUGGGAGCCAUGAACCACAUGGGUCCCCACGGGCCCGGAGCAUUCUUCAGGUACAUGAGACCCCAAAUCAAGCAGGAACACACGUGUCUGUGGGUAGAUCCCGAGGGGCCGGACCCGAAAAAGCCUUGCAACAAGAUCUUCUGUACGAUGCACGAGAUUGUCACGCACAUCACAAUCGACCAUGUUGGGGGACCCGAGCAGACAAACCACAGCUGUUUUUGGCAGGAGUGUUCACGAGAGGGAAAGCCAUUCAAGGCCAAGUACAAACUUGUAAACCAUAUCCGUGUCCAUACCGGAGAGAAACCCUUCCCCUGUCCAUUCCCGGGAUGUGGAAAAGUGUUCGCCCGAAGUGAGAACCUCAAGAUCCACAAGAGAACACAUACAGGGGAGAAGCCAUUCAAGUGUGAGUUUAUGGGAUGUGACCGGAGAUUCGCGAACAGUUCCGACCGGAAGAAGCAUAGUCACGUGCACACGAGUGACAAGCCUUACUACUGCCGCGUGAGGGGAUGUGACAAAAGCUACACGCACCCAAGUUCUCUUCGUAAGCACCUUAAAGUUCACGGGAAGUCGUCGCCAAUUCCGGAAGGAUUCGACAGUGACCUUGAGGACACAAGUAUGGAUAGUGCCGGAAGUGAGUUAGAAAACACCGUCCCAACAACUAAAGCAAUCAAAGCCGAACAACGAUCGCCAGUUACCUCUCCCGAACUCUCUGAACCUCGUUCUACCGGAAGUGUAAAUCAUCAUCAUCAAACGUCACCAGUUGUGUCUAGUCCUUCACUUCCGGUUUACCCCAAUGCGAGCCUACCUCAUUCUCAUCAUUCGUCAAGCUUUAGCGACUGGUACAUCUGUCAGAACAGUGCCGCUCCAACAACAGAUCACCUAAACAUGAACUCGUUUGGACAUUUGCAAUCUCUUCAUCCUCAGCCCCUUUUGCAGUACACGUGACAUGUCACAUGACUUUCAUUUCCGGUUUUGACAGAAAAAGAACAAUAGGGAGCUAUUAUGUGCGAGUGAUAUUAUUAAUAUAUUGUUGUUAUGCGGUCAAAGUAAAACGUUCAAUGAUUUGAAUGGCAGUCUUGUUCGUCUGUUUGAAGGACCUAAGUUUAAAAUGUUACAUGAUGCCUUUUAUAUAUAUAUCUUAUUAUUUCAAGAAUUUAAAACGAGAAAUUCUUUAUUUUCCUGAAAUAGUUGGACCAAAAUGUUCAUAAUUGAUUAUAAGUCCAAUUGUGUGAACAUUUGUCAAUUUUAGAUAUUAUUUGCCAAAUUAUUUGUAGAUAUCUGUCAGCUGAUACCAAAACUUGACUAAUGUAUCAUUCAAUAACUUAAGGCAUCUUAAGACAGACUGCUAUUCCAUUUCUAGGUGUUAUGCUGUGAAUAUGUUGAACUAGUGCAAUGUUUUUUUUUUUUUACAUGUUUAAUGGUUUUUGCUCAAAUUUUGUAUUUUGUUUUGAAAUGUUAUAGAAAUAUUUUCACAUUUCUUUGUUGUCUUUGUGAUACCAUUGACGAUAUAGUGAAUCUCACACGACCUAAAUUCAUAUAUUUCAUAUAUGGAUAUUGAUUUUAACUUAUGCCCAUAUAUGGGUCUUCACACGUGAACAUGCCCUUGUACGGGUUUUUGUAAGGACACAUGCCCAUAUCUGGGUUUUUAUGACAAUGUCUACCCUUAUAAGGGUUCUUGCCUUUUAAAAUGACUUUGAUGGAAUACAUAUAACUUAAAUAUA